AUGAGUCUUUAUUUUGCCUAUAAUUAUUCUAAAAGAAUAGCUCUUUCAACAACUUUCUUAAAUAAAGAAAUUACUAUAAUUUUAAAUAAAAUUAAAGAAAAGCUCAAAUAUGAAAAAAAUUUAACAUUAGUGGUUGAUGGAUGGUGUGAUGAGUCUAGAGUUCCGAACAGGUUGACCAAAUUCAGUAUAAGUGAUGGUAUUAUAAUUCACUUUUUAUAUUGA